AUAACAAAUGUAAAAUGUGAAAUGUCCUCCGGUAACCAAGAAAUGGAAAUGGGUGCCAUGAAUAAAAAAUUACCUGGGAAACAAGAAAAGUAUGUACUUAAAGAAAAAAGAUGUUCCAAAAAAUCAGUUUCGGAUGAGAAUACAAACAAUUGGAUACUAAAAGCAAUUAAAAAACUUUGUCCAUUUUUAAAUUCCGUGGAUAAAAAUGAAACGUUAAAUACCACAGAAAAUGAUUUAGAUCCAGCAGAAAUAAUAGAAAAAAUUCAAGUUAAAUAUUCCAAAGAUGCAAUCGAAAACUAUAAAUUUAAAAUUCAAAAUAUGGAUAAAAAUACAUUAGAGAAAGAAAUGAAGCAUCUAUUAAAUAAUAAAACGAAGAUCCAAUCGGAUUUACGUACCGUUUACCAGCAGAAAACAGCAGAAAUUAACGAGAAAGAUAAAGAAAUUUAUGAAUUACAACGUAAAUUUCAACUUGCUAACCAAAGAUCUAAACAGAGCUUCGAUGAAUUAAAGAAAGAAAUUGUUUCAUUUAAUUUUUUAAAAGAGUUUUUAGCUGGAAAAAACCGAUUAAGAGGCGACAUUGUUUUGGCUUUAUGGACCAGUUACUUAGAAACGAAAGAAGCUCGUGAUGAGAUAAAGAAAAGAGUUUUAGAAUAUUCACAAAAUGGCGACGAUGAUGCGGCCAAAACAGUUAUUCAACAAUUAAACUAUUAUAAAUCGAAAUUUCAGAAUAUUUUAAAUACUGAAACGAAUUGCGGAAAUGAGAAAGAAUUAUUUAAAAAAAUACUAGAAAUUUUUAAGCAGAAAGUCAACGGAAUCAGUCGCUUAGCCACUUUGAAGGAAGAAAUGGAUAAAAUAUCUUUCGAAAAUCAAGUCCUAAAAAUUAAUAACGAGACGUCAUAUUUGGAAAUGAAACACUACAAAAAAAUCGCAAACGUUUAUUAUUCGGAUUUUGUUUCACUUUCCGAAUUAAGAAAUAGCGAAUGAAAAUACUUUGAAAAAUUCCAAAAGUAUCAUUUAUUUGAUGGUGAGCCUCAGAUUUUCAAAUCCAAUAUAU